AUCUGAAAAUCCGAAACUUGUGGAGGAGAAUUCCGUUUUUAUCCCUUUCCCUCUUCUUCUCUCUCUCCCACAGAACACAAACUCAGAAGAAUAAAGCUUCUUUGACUCAGACACAACACAAUCUGUUAAGCAAAGAAAGGAUGUUAACAAUGAAACUUCUUCACCCUCUCCAUCACUCUCUCUCUUCCUUCCUUCCUUUACCAUCAAGAAGAAGGCAAUCCAAACCUUACCGGUGCUCACUACCAUCUCCCGGCGGCGAAAGGGUCAUCAGAUCAGAGGCCGUGGUUUCUCCGGUGAUGGUGAGCCAGAGCUUCGAAGGAAGAAGGGUUUUACUUGGAUGUCUCCUCUCCGCCGCGGGUGGGAUUCUGUUACCUGAUUCAUCCGAGGCCGUAAGCACCAGCAGAAGAGCUCUACGUGCAUCUAAGAUACCGGACAGCGAAUUCACCACUCUCCCCAAUGGUCUCAAGUACUAUGAUAUAAAAGUUGGGAAUGGAGCAGAGGCUGUGAAAGGAUCUCGGGUCGCAGUUCACUAUGUUGCAAAAUGGAAAGGGAUAACGUUCAUGACAAGUCGACAAGGACUCGGCGUUGGAGGUGGAACGCCUUACGGGUUUGACGUUGGACAAUCAGAGAACGGGAAUGUUCUGAAAGGACUUGACCUUGGCACUGAAGGGAUGCGUGUAGGUGGUCAGAGAUUGGUGAUUGUUCCUCCGGAGCUUGCUUACGGGAAGAAAGGAGUCCAAGAGAUUCCUCCAAACGCAACAAUAGAGCUUGACAUUGAGCUCUUAUCAAUCAAGCAGAGUCCUUUCGGGACGCCAGUGAAGAUCGUUGAAGGCUAAGCUAUUAAUGAGAAGAAAAAGCUGAAUCCAUAGCUAUGCAAGCUUCAAUUGUUAUAGAAGAAUCUGUUAAUGAUAUCGGCUAGUCCGGAUUCAUAAGCCAUUUCUCAUCCCUUUUCCUCUUUUAGUACAUGUUUGUGCUUUGCAUAACAUCAAAAUCAAAUUCGAUCCCAUAAGGUGAUAAGAUACUUUA